UCUCUCGAGUCUCGCAAUCCGCUUGGAGGGUGAGUAUCUGUACGUUUGAGGGUCGUCAAAUAUAGGAAGGGAGGCAGUAUAAAGUAGGGGAUGCUUUAAAAUAGUUGUGGGUGUGUGUAGACAUGAAGAAGCCCCUCUUGUACUUUUGUACUUACCGUGUAUAACUCUGGAGGGAAGCCACAGUUUUUGAGUUUUUAAUUUUAUCACUCAGUUAGUUUAGUCAAAGGUUUUGAUCUGUGAAAUGUGGGACGUCUCUUCCCUAUCGAUGUUCAUGACAUCAAAAAAUAAUUUGUGAUGCGUCAACUGGCGUACGGUAUAUUAUACUGUGCCUUCUGGUAUGGUAGCAUAGCGGCAGGCUUCCUAUUUAUUGCAUGUCCUCUUCUGCCCAUACUGAUUCUCAGUCCUCCGACUUUUAGAAAAUGCGGGGAUUUAUUAUUCUCCUGCUGGGAACUUUAUCCAACAGCGCUGCUGGAGAUGAUUGGAGUGAAGGUAAUAAUAUCUGGGGAUCACGUUUUACCAAAUGAAUCGGCAAUACUGGUAAUGAAUCAUCGUACAAGAGUUGACUGGAAUUUUUUAUGGGCAGCUAUGUACCAGGCGUGUAUGCCAAACAUUGCAGCUCAUAAAUUAAAGUUUAUUUUAAAGGACCCGAUACGUCAUAUACCCGGACCAGGUUGGAUUAUGCAGAUGAAUGGAUUCCUUUAUAUAACACGGAGGUGGGAAGAAGAUAAAGGCCGCUUGUCACGUACGCUGGACUACUUGAUAGCAUUAAAAAGACGCACGCAACUCUUGAUAUUUCCAGAGGGCACGGAUUUAACAGUUACCAGCAAAGAAAGAUCCGACAGAUUUGCUAAGAAAAAUGGGCUACCGCUUUACGACUAUACUUUACAUCCUAAAACAACUGGAUUCAGUUAUCUGGCAAGACACCUUCAACGUGCUGGAUAUCUUGAUGCCGUCUAUGAUCUUACUAUCGGUUAUCCUGACUUUGUACCACAGUCGGAAAUUGAUUUAGUCACCGGUAAAAUCCCAAAAGAAGUUCAUUUCUACGUGACUAGAAUUCCUUCUGCUCAAGUUCCGGACGACGAGGAAGGCCUGAGACACUGGUUGGACGAGCGUUGGCGGAUCAAAGAACAAUUGUUGAAGAAAUUUUAUAAGAAUAAAUGUUUUUCUGAAGAAAAUAAAGUUUGGCCGAUGCCCCAGGGCAUUGUUUUGAGCAUCGCUUUUGGUUUCUGGACUUUGUUGACCGGCGUAUCAAUUAUCAUGAUUGUCACGUCGACUUUCUUCCAGUUGUGGACUCUAGGACACGCGCUGCUAUUUGUCGGCUUGUCUUUAUUCAGCACGGGGUUCAACCAGCUGGAGAUGGGUUGGUACUGGAGGUGGAAAAAUAUUUCAUUGCUGUCCAGAUGAAAAUUCUCCUGUAACUCUGUUAGAUAAAAUGGUAUUUUUUUAAAAAAUCCAUACGGUUUGUUAGUACUGUGAUACUCAUGUAAAUAGAGUAAAUUUUUUGCUUUUAAUUUUCAAUUAAAUUUAAGACCCUCACUCUAUUUGUUUGAUUAUUUAUUUUUUUUCUUAAUUUUAAUCGAGGAUUAAAAGCAAAAAAAGUAAUUUAAAUAUUUAGGUCAAUGUAAUUUAUCUAGAGAUAAUUGAAACUAAAAAGUCUGUUACAAUCAACUGACAACUCAUUUCUUUUUUAACUUGAAUUUAAAAAGUUUUAUAACUUAUUUAAAUCUAUUAAACACAACAAAUGAAUUUAAAAGUU